UCGCAUUUUUCUAACGUCAUCAAACCGCUGUGGCACACAGGAAGGGUCUGCACGUGUGGUGGCUGUAAACUUUGAGCCAUGGCAGGCGCGUUUUCACAGGAGCUUGAGGAUCUGUUGAAUCCUUUGCCAAAAUUCGUGGAUCCGGAGGAUGAUGAUGACGAGGCAACCAAAGCCAGAGUGGUGGACCGGUUCGAUGAAGACGACGAUGACGAUGAAGAUGCGGUCGGCCUCAGCGCUCUGCGGAAGAGCAACACCUCCCUGCUUUCGGACACAGAUAGACGGUAUGUGGGAAAGCCAGUGUCCCGAAAGCAGCUGCUUAGGGAGACUGAGGAGGAUGAACAUGAUGUUGAAGAUGAGGAAGAGGAAGAAGGUGACGAAGAUGAUUCAGUGGGGGAUGAAGAGGCAGAUGACGAUGAAAAUGCUUCAGAGGAGGAGGGAGACGACGAAGAUGAUGAUGAUGAGGAAGAGUUGUUGAUGGGCAGUGAUUCAGAACUCGAUGUUAAACUGGCUUCAAAGAAAAAAGCAACUGACAUCACCUUUCCUCAGAAAGUAGACUUCCACAAACUGACAGAAGGUAUGGAUGACCUGGGAAUGAGCGAGGAUGAUGAUGAUGAAAGCGGUGAGGAGUCUGAAGGUAGUGAAGAAGAGGAAGGCUCUGAUGAUGAUGAUGAUGAUGAUGAGAUGGAAAGCGAGCAAGAGGAUGAUGAUGAUGAUGGAGUGGUGCGCACGUUUUCUCAGGACAAAGUAGACGAGGAGGUGGAGAAAGGAAAGGCAGUGAAGAACCAGCUGGCCCUGUGGGACCAGCUGCUCGAGGGCCGGAUAAAAAUCCAGAAAGCUUUGGUGACUGCCAACCAGCUUCCUCAGCCACAGACUUUCCCAGAGUUCAAGAGGAGAGGUGGGGGGGAGUUCACAGCGGCGUUGAAGAACACUCACAAGGCUCUGAAGGCUCUUCAGAGGUCCCUGCUGGAGUUGCAUGACCAACUUCUGCACCAGAACGCUGACACGAGAUCCAUCAACACGGGGGAAGACGAGGAGAUAACCAGCGACGAUGAAAAGGAGGGGUCAGCGCAGCAGGCCAGGGCGCCCAAACGAAAACUGGAGAUGGCAGAGUACCCAGACUUCAUGGCCAAACGGUUUGCAGCUUUCCAGCCUUACUGCAAUGCCACGCUACAGAAGUGGCACGACAAAACAAGGCUGACGAUGGGCAAGAGCACCAAAGGGUUUGGGGCGUUUGAGAGGAACAUUCUCACCCAGGUGGAGCAGGUGCUGAUGGACAAGGACAGGCUGUUGAAGCGGACCCAGACCCAGCGCUCAGAGUACCGGGUCCUGGGGAAGGUGGAAGCCCCUGCUCUCACAUCUGAGAACAUCCCCAUGGAGGGAGGCGAGGUGUCGGAGCAACAGCUGAAGUCCAACACGCAUCUGAAAGAUCUCGAUGAGGACAUAUUUGACGACGACGAUUUCUACCACCAGCUGCUGAGGGAGCUGAUCGAGCGCAAGACGAGCGCAGCGGACCCCAACGAUCAGGUGGCUAUGGGCCGGCAGUGGCUGGCCAUCCAGAAGCUGCGCAGCAAAAUCAAGAAGAAAGUGGACACUAAAGCCAGCAAGGGGCGCAAAGUCCGGUUCCACAUCCACAGCAAACUAGUCAAUUUCAUGGCGCCAAUUGACCACAGCUCGAUGAGCGACGAGGCCCGCAGCGAACUCUACCGAAGCCUGUUUGGUCAGAACACUUCUAUGAGGGAGUGAUGUUAACAUGCUGAGAUUCCCAGGACUGAAGGCAAAUAGCCGCUCUCCUUUAGCAGGAACUCUUCAGACUGUCUGACAUACUGAACUCAAAAGGACGUGCAGUUCAGAAAUGUCUUUCAUACCAAAGUGCUCCUUUAUUUAAUCACAAGAGUGCUACUUUAAAUAUUCACACUGUUUUUCCAUCACAUGUGAAUGAAGUAAAGUGAUUACUUGCACUCAUUGUAUGACUUUAUUUAAGUAAAGAACUGUGGCCAGUCCCAUACAGCCAGUUCAUGAAAUGUUCCUGCUCCAGUUUUGUUUGUCUUUUGUUCUUUGCUUUUAUUUUUUGCUUUUCCAGUGUAAAAAAAAUCCAGAAAACCUGCUUAGUGCAUACUGUUGAUUUGGGGCACAGCUGGGAAUAUAGGAAACAUUACAUAUGUUGCAGGGCUACAUUAGCCUGGACUGAGAUCAUAAAGAAAAUGAAUUUUCAUGUUUAACUAUUAGGUAAUAGUAAAAUUAAUUUUAGAUAUGUUAUUACAAAUACACAUUUAAACUUUGACAGGAAAGUUUUCUCAAUUGUUUGAAUACAUGGCAGCAUUCAAAGCAGAUAUUGUGUCUUGGAAAAUGUAAAAACAACAACUUUGAGUCCUGUGAUGGACUGGACACCAUGUACCCCACGCUCUGCCCUAUUACAGCUCAGAUGAACUUCUGCCUUCCCAUGAUCAUAAAUUGGAUAUGAAGUUAAGAAAAAUGCACCAGUUUAACAUCUAUGGCUUACACUUACAGAAAAAGAAAGCUAUUUUCUAUUAACUCACUUUUCUAACCAUUUUCACAUGGAAGUUAUCACCGCUACAGGAUGAGCCUGGUGUCAAAAUGCAGGUAAAAAUGACAAGUUGUUUUAACCAGUUAACCCUUUAAAGUUUACCAAAAUAAUCCUUUUCAGUUUUUCUCCAGUGAAUCAGAAAACAGAAAUUCUCCAAAGUACCAAUGCUUUUUUCAUUAUAAGUCAUUAUAAAAUAGUAAUGUUGCUAUUGAAACUACGAUGUAUGACAUGAUAUUGAUGCUCUUGGUUGUAGGAAAAAGUAUUAUGAUUUGACCUUUAGCUUAAAUGUGUCUAUCAGCCCUUGAAGUGCUGUGUUUAUAAAGUUAUGACAUGAGGGUUUUUAUUUGCAAGUAAAAUACAUUUGUGAUUUAAAUUCA